AAAUAGAGAACUAAAAAAAAGGAUAGAAGCGCGCAACAUCAAUAUCGCGCAGGCUUCGUUCUUCCAGCAUCAACGAGGACAAUCUCCAUACCUAUCAGUACCAAAAAUUUUGUACAGUGCAAGGUGGAACUCAAGGAAUUGCAGUGUGUUACAUUAUUAUUACAUAGAUAUUGUAUUUAUCUUCAUUCUUCGUUUUUUCUCAUUUUUUGCUUUGUGUUUCUCUUUUUUUUACGUAUAUGUCAGUGCGUGCAUAUGUAUCACGUUGCACAAGAGACUACAACGUUUGUCGUAGUUUUGGACGGGAUAAACUUUAGCACGAUCUUCUGUUGUUUGUCUUUCUAAUUCAACAGAAGGAUCAAGACAUCAUUUUCUUUCACCGAUGGCAGAUCACGAUAAUAUCUACGACGACGAGUAAGUACCUUUGUGAUAGGAGCUAAUGUCAGCGAAUCCAAAUCAAAGGAAUUGGCGUGGGAUAUUGAUAGCUCUGCUUGUGAUCGUUGCUGUUCUAACUUUAAUUGUGACAUCAGUUGCGUUAUUAACACCACCAGAUGAGGGUCCCAGAGUACGAGGUGCUAGAAUAAGACUUUCUGAGGUACUUUCUGGAGAAUUAACACCCCUUUUCUUCAAUGGAUCAUGGGUAAGCAGGCAGCAUAUUUGCUAUCGAGAUGUGUGGGGUGGAAUUUCGUUAUUGCACGUUUCUUCCAAAAACAUCACUUCCUACAGUCUAAUGUCUAAUGAAACUUUUAGGACACUGAAUCCUGCCAAGUUUUCAUUGUCACCGGAUCGUAAUUAUUUGCUCCUUGCGCAUAAUGUGAAGAAACUCUUCCGAUACUCGUAUUUAGCACAAUAUACAAUUUAUGACGUAAAAACACGAGAAACUAUAGCAUUGACUCCACAUCCUGAAAAAGAAAUUCACCCUUAUCUUUUGUUGGCACAAUGGACUCCACGAGAUCAUGGUCUGGUUAUGGUUCAAGAUUAUGAUAUUUAUUAUAUAACAAGUCCUAAAAGUAAUACAGGAUAUCGCGUUACUGAUACAGCAAUACCUGGUAUUUUAUCAAAUGGUUUACCGGAUUGGUUAUAUGAAGAGGAAAUUUUGCAUCGUGCAGAAGCUAUUUGGAUGUCAUCAGAUGGCCACAUGAUGUUAUAUGCUUCUUUCAAUGAUUCUCUCGUUGAGGAAAUGCACAUAUCUUGGUUUGGAGAAGGAAAUAAAGCAUUGUAUCCUGAUAUACGAUCCUUACGAUAUCCUAAGCCAGGAACACCAAAUCCUGUAGUGCGACUGUAUGUAGCAGACUUGGCAGAUCCAAAGAACAUUCAUACGAAGGUAGUGAAACCGCCACCUAUCAUCGAGCAUGUAGAACAUUACUUUACAACGGCUUCAUGGGUAUCUUCAACAGAAGUUUGUAUAACAUGGUUGACACGUGCACAAAAUCUUUCUGUUGUAACCAAUUGCAAGAGUCCAUUAUGGCAUUGUCAGGAAAUUCAAAGAAUAGUAGCUGAAGAUCGUGGUUGGGUAGAUACUCCUCCAGAAUCACCUAUUUUUUCAGCAAAUGGCAGUAGUUACAUUGCUAUAAGCCCAGUUAAAGAUGGUCCAGCUGGUUAUUAUAAACAUAUUGUUUGGGUGAAUGUUGCUCGAAGAUUAGUUGUUCCACUCACUCAUGGAAAAUUUGAAGUUGCACAAAUAGUAGCAUGGGAUGAACCUAAUAAUACUAUAUAUUUUAUAGGUAUUCCACCUAUGCAACCAGGACAAAGACAUCUUUAUUAUGUGAGUUCAUUGUUACCACAUGUGGGUUCAUCUCUACAUCCUGCUUUUUGUGUUACUUGUACGGAAACGUCAGAUGGAUAUCGAAAGGAACAUAGAACAGCUUCAUCUAGUCAUUACAGUUCUUCGUCUGAUAAUAAUUAUAUACGUGAUCAUUAUGAAACACAAACAGAAAAUGUAAAAGUUGAGGGACAACCAAAAGAAAAUGUUACAAAGAAACAAAAAUCAAAAACAUACACUACACCAAAAUUUACUGAUCAACCUUGUCAAUAUCACAAUGCGAUUUUUCCACCGAUUGGUACUGAUUAUUUCGUUUUAGAAUGUUAUGGACCUGGUAUACCUACUGUUACUUUAUAUAAAACUGAUUUUCCAAUGCCACAUCUUAUCUAUGUUUUACAAAAUAAUACAUUAUUACGUGAACGAAUUGCCAAACUUGCACUUCCUCAAGUCAAAACAUUUCCUGUUCAAAUAAGUGGUGGAUAUAAUGCACAAGUAAAAUUGUAUUUACCACCAGGAUUAAGAGAAGAUGAAAUCACACGAUAUCCCUUAAUCGUACAAGUAUAUGGUGCACCAGGUUCACAAUUAGUAACAGAAAUGUUCAAAAUUGAUUGGAAUACUUAUUUAGCUAGUAGAAAAAAUAUGAUUGUUGCACAAAUUGAUGGCAGAGGUAGUGGAGGUCAAGGCUAUAAAUUUCUUCACGAAGUUUAUUACAGACUUGGCUCUGUGGAAGUUGCCGAUCAACUUGAAGUGACUGAAUAUUUGCGAGAUUCGUUACAUUUCGUGGAUAAGCAACGAGUCGCUGUUUGGGGUUGGAGUUAUGGGGGUUUCGUAGCUGCUCUCGCGCUGGCGCAUCCUGAGCAAAAUGUUUUUGAAUGUGGUAUAAGUGUAGCUCCUGUUGUUUCAUGGAAACUUCAUGAUUCUGCAUAUGCUGAAAGAUAUAUGGGUUUACCAGAUGUUGUAUCAAAUUAUAAAGGAUACGCUGAAUCAGAUGUAUACGAUAAAGUGGAACAUUUACGAAAUAAAAUGUUUUAUUUAGUGCAUGGCACUGCAGAUGAUAACGUCCAAUUUCAACAAUCCAUGGCACUUGCGCGUCACCUUGCGAAAAAAGGCAUUCUUUUUCGACAACAGGUAUAUCCAGAUGUGAGUCAUUCAUUAGCAGGAGUUAAAGGUCAUCUUUACUUAUCAAUGGCUCAAUUUUUGGAUGAUUGUUUUCAGAAACAAGUACCCACUGAUACAAAAGCUGGUCUUAUCAGUGGUGGAUCUGUAGUCUGUAAUUGUAAAUAAUGAAAAUGAUCCACUUGUGAAGAAAUUCCAUAUACAAAAGUUAUACCUGAAUCUCCAAAUUGUGUUCCGUUUAUUGAUAUCUUAGGAAAAAAAUAUUUUCGCAUUAUUUUGUAUAUUGACUAAAUAUUAUAAGAAAAUAGUAUGUUUCAAAUUGGAAAUCAAAUCUAAAUGAAUGAAAGUGAUAAAUUCUAAUAUUGUUAAAAAGAAUAUAUUAAUAUAUUAAAUAUAUAAAUAUAAUUUUUUAUUUUAGAAAUGUUAUGAUUUUUUUUAUAAAAUAAUGAUAUUUGAUAUUUUUUUAUAAAUAUAAUUAAAAUUAAAAAUUAUGAUUAUUAUGAUUUAUGUUUUAAAAAAUUAUAUUUUUCUUUAUACAUUGAGUUCAUAAAGUUUUCAUUUUAAUUAUUUAUAUCUCUUUCUUCUGCAAUACAAAUAAUUGAUAAUGUAUAUAAAAUUCGUAUAAAAUUGUAAUACAAAAGAUAGAAAUGAAAUAUGAACCAAAGAUAAGUGAAAAAAAAAAGAACUAAUUUUAUUCAUUUAGAUAUUGAUUUUUCUUCUGUUAUAAUGAAAUCCAAGAAGAUAAAAUUUAUUUUAACGUUACAUAAUUUAUUAAAGAUGUACAGAAUCAUUUACCAUAAUUGCAAAUAUAACCGGGACAAGUAAGAAAAAUAAUUAUUUCUUUUCAUCAAAUCGAUAUGAAACGAAAUCAAACGAUAAAAAUUCAUGAAUUCAUAAACAUUUGAUGUAGGGAUAACUUUUUCCUACUUUCAUUUAAAUCUUCCUAAUUAAUAAUAUAUGCGUACAAGAAACACAAAACGACGCAUUUAAGAUUAUUCCUCAAUGUAUAUUUCUCGAAUCUCUUAUAUUAUAAGAAGAAACAUUUCACUCAAAAUUCAUGUGAUUUCUCUUACAUACCUAUAUAGAUUUACCUUAUAACGAUUCAUUCGCUACAAUAAUUAACGUAACACUUUGUAAACAGUAUUAAUUAACUUCGAGGAGCAAUAAAGAAAUUUUAUAAAAAUAACAUUCAAUUAAUUGAACUAAAUAAGGUAUAAAGUUAACGAACAUGAAUCAUAUGGCAUAAUAACAAUACAUACAUACUAUUUUACCUGAAUGUAAUGAGCAAUUGAAGAAUUAAUAACAAGAUUAAAGUGUAAUUGUUAAAUUGUACUGCGUGUCAAACUCUACAUGAGUUUUUCAAAUAGCAAUAUAAAUAGAGAGAUUUAAUUUUAAUUUCUAUUUUUUGUAAAUUUUUUCGAAAUUUAGAUUUUUCAAUAGAUUUUCUAAAUUAUUGAGGAGGCAUUAUCGGUUGGUCAAUAGUCUGAAAUGGAUUUGACAAUCUUCUUGUUCGAACAUCUGCCAAGGUGUAGUAACAUAUGGUUUUUAAGAUUAGUUGGUUUACUGAAACCACGGCUACAAAUAUGGCACCUAAAUGGCCAUAGCCCAUUAUGCACGUACAUAUGACUCUUAAGAUCUCCUGGUGUUGGGAAAGAUUUAGAGCAUUGUGAACAUUUGUGUGGUUUUUCCUGAAACAUAAGAAUGAAAGCAUUCUUUACUGCGAGUUUUAAUUGAAACAAAUCAUUAUUUUUUAAAAUGUUUUAUAAAACGAUGUAAUUUCAAAAUUAUAAUAAAUUUUUAUUUCCUUUAAUUAUUAUUUUUAACAUAUUAAAAGUAAUUGUUGUUAUGGCUAUACUAUAUAGUAUAAUUAUAAAUAUUUUAUUUUUAAAAAGUUAUAUUCAAUAAUUACUGCCUAAGUAAAUGCUAAUAUUAAUAUUAAAAAUCUGUUGUUAUUAGUAGUAAACAAUUCGAUGUCCAAAUUUUAAUAAUAUUGAAUAAAAUGAAAUUACAUUGUUUUUCAGAUAUAAAUUUAAAAAUUUUAUCUUUUGAAAUCUUUGUUGAUUUUAUGCAUAACAUAAUCUGUUUAAAAAAAUUUAUUUCUAUCAUAUAAAAAUACGCUUUCAAAAUAAAAUGCAUUGAAGUCCAUUAUAUUUAUUAAAUAUAAAUCUAAAAAAAGUACCAUUCAAUUUUUCAUAUUAAUGUUUCAUAUUUACUCAUCACUUGCAAGCGUUCGUUGGUAAUAAUAUUUAUAUUUAAAUCUUAAAAAAAAAAAAGAGUACAUCUGUCGAUAUUACAAAAUAUCUCAAAGAAAAAAUUCACAAAUAAACUAAUAUAUUUAUUUUUAAUGAUAUUAGCACAAAAAUUAGAAACUUUCUUCUAUAGUACAAAUUACUAAUUAAAUAAAAAAUAAAAUUCUAAAGUUAUUUUUAUUUGAUCAACUUACAGAAAAUAUAUAAAAAUUUACGAAAUGUUAUACAGAUAUAAAAAUAAUGAAAUAACGAUUGUAAUAGAUAAAUAGAAAUAUAAUAAACGGCAAUGAUUGCAGAGAAAUUUAUAUACAAAAGUAAUUGCUGUUCAUUAUUGUAUAAAUUGAAAUUAAAAACUGUUAACUUUGAAAGAAUAAAGGAAUUCACGACAUCA